CAACAGCUGGGGUCAUAAGCAAGGCCCUCCUCAUUGCUGGGCUGGAGUUUGCCACUUGCAGCCUCUACCCCACGGCUGCCCAGAACCCCACUCUGACAGCACCUGUAGAUGUCCUGCCAUGAGCAUCGAGCCUGCCAUGAGGCUGCCAUGUGACCAGCCACUGUCCCCGGACUCCUAGUCACAGUGAGUCCCGCACCAAAACAAGGAUAUCCGCUAUGGGCCCUGCCAGCUCUGAAUGCCCAGGUCUCUGCAUAGUCAGCCCCUAGGACUCUAAGCCUAGCCCACAGCCAUCACAGGAAUGGCCAGGGCUUGCAGCUGCUGUGUGUGCCACCUGCUGCUGGGGCUGUUCACAGAGGGACUGGAGAAAGGAUGCAGUGGAGCAUGCUCAGUGCCAGCUUUGUGGGCCGCGCACCCUGGAUUCCGCCCUGAGCUGGGCCUCUGCAGGAGCCCAGUUAGGACUAAGAGAGAGCCAGGCGGUGGUGCUGUAGAACAUUACAUCCCCCAGCCCUGUCAGCCCAGACCCAGACCCCACGGGGCAGUCUCGCUUGGAGAGUGAGAGGAAGAAGAAACAUGCUGACCUGGCUUGUUCCUACUCCCUGGGAUUGGCGUCAGUGGAGCAGGCUCCCUCCAGGGGCCUGGUCUGGCCUCCUCCCUCAUGGCCCCUCUCCCCAAGGCCCUGAGGUGGACAGGAGGGGCUCCGGUUCACCAUGGUGACACUGCCCUCCCAUGGGACUACGAGCUCUGGAAGUCCUCGGAGAAGAUCUGCCGACAGCUCAUCUACCACCUCACCCCUCACUCGAAGCAGCAGCAAGUGUCCAGCCUCCGCCAGAGGAAGACCCAGAGCUGCCUCAAGAGCAGCCUCCAGAAGACUCCACUGGCAGAGGAAACUGUGGAUCUCUCAGGCAUCCCGCUGUCGGUACGGGACGUGCAGCACAUCACACACUACGUGAGCAGCCACGGUGCUGUGCUGGCGGUGCUGGACCUGAGCUUCACAGGGCUGAGUGAUGAGCUGCUGCACCUGCUGCUGCCCAGCCAGUGGGCGCUGCCCCGCCUCACCCAGCUCCUGCUCAACGGCAACCGGCUGACGCGGGCUGCUGCCCGCAAGCUCACCGACGCCAUCAAGGACACCACCAAGUUCCCUGCACUGGCCUGGGUAGACCUGGGCAACAACGUGGAUGUGGCUUCCCUGCCCCAGCCCCUGCUGGUCGGCCUGCGCCGGCGGCUGAGCCAGCGCACCUCACUCCCCACCAUCUACGAGGGCCUGGACCUUGAGUCUGAGGGCGGUGCGGCCGGAACCACCACCCCUGCCUCCACCUGGGACUCCACAGCUGCUGGGCUGGGACCCGAGCCCCAGGUCUGCUGCGCCAGGUGACCCACCACCCACCUGGCUCAUUGCUACUGACUUGUGAUGCUCUCAAGCACAUUGUAGUGGGCCAUGAAGGUUGAGGAGGACUCACAGGCCCCCAGAGAUCCAGUGCAAAUGCUCAGCCUGAGAUUAAGGGGACAGAAGGAGAAUGGACUCAUAGGAGGCCAGGCCAGCUCCAGCUAGAGGCUCAGCCUUCCCUCAGUGGGAGGAGCCCCAACACCCAUAGUGUGGACUCCACAAUAAAGAGUGACACCCACCUCUGCUUUUCUG